AUGGCCACACAAAUUUUAUUGUAUUUUAUUUUUGUUUUUUUCCUCUUCAAUUCUUUUCCUAAAUGCGCUUCCGAACUUUCGAAAAAAAGUCUUGAAUAUGGUCGUGAAGACGAAGGAAACGACGAAGGAAUGGACAUAGCGACAGAACUGGAGAGUAAUAAUUUCACUAAUACUAUGUGUACGAGAAGGCAAAAUAGUAUAAUGCAUGAGAUUCAAUUGGCAAAACCGAAACAAUUUCCAUUCAUAGCCGCUUUAAUGUCUCAAAGAAAUGAGUAUAUUUGUGCUGGAUCCAUUGUGUCAAAUGGUAUUAUACUAACAGCUGGUCAAUGUACACAGUCUGUGGGUUAUGCGCUUAUUAAUACUACAUCAGACAAAAAAGACGAUACAGUGUUACAGUUACAUGUUAUUAAAACUGAGAAUUUCCCAACCUAUACAGGAACUGAUUCUGUAAAAAAUGUUGGUAUACUCUUUACAGAGAAACAUAACAACACACUAGCUUCAAAGAUUCGUUUAAGUAAUAUCACGAAUGGGAAAAAUAUAAAUGAAAUGGAAGCUAUAGGUUUUGGACUCAAUGCUGAAGCAGACCAAACAAAAACUCUUCAGUAUAUUGGUGUAGAACAUAGAGCGAACAGCGGAGUUUUAAUACAAGGAUUUCUAGAUUGCAUUGAUACAAAGGUACCAACGUGUUUUAAGGAUCUAGGAGGACCUGUCAUAUUCGAUAAUGAACUUAUUGGUAUAGUAACUAAGGGUCAGGAUGAGUGUACUAAAGAAAUGACAUCCACAUAUGCAAUUAAUAAACAUCUUGUUGAUGUUCUCCCUACUUAUACCUUUAAAGCAUGGCUGGAUGAACAAAUUAGUAAAAAUCAAGAGCAGGUUAAGGAACCUUUAGAAGUUUACCCAACAAAACCUGUUCUACGUGAAACUAUUCACGUAAUGACUAGCGCUGGUGAUGAAGGUGAUGCUAAUAUUUUCCCCUAA